UUAGAAUUCAGGUUGUCCAAGUGCGCCGACGCCAUCAUCUCCAUCAACACGUGCGAGUAUGUGGAGACGUUCAACUAUGCAGUCGGGACCUGCACCGUCAUGAAAAUUCCCAACGCGCCGUGGACUCAGUUUUUUGCUUCGAUGAAUCCUCCCUUCUUCUGCCCCAUCAAAGCUGGAAACUACUCCUUUCGCAACGCGGGAAUCGACCCCAAGACGCUGGAGCAGUACCAAUACGUACCAUUUCGCACGAUUGAUAACGCGAUCUGGAUCACGACGCUAAGAAUGUUUGACCAAGACGCUCGCGAGUUCAUCUGCUUCAACUACACCAUCGAGUUCAUGAGGACGCGACAGUGA